AUGGAUGAGCACCUGCAUGUGAACGCACAGAUGGACGAAGCUGGGGCAAAUCACGGCAGAAGGAGGGUCGACACUCUCCUCAACAUGUCGACUAAAGCUAAUGAAGCCGACAGACCGUCAAGGGUCGAUCGUGAGGAAACGGUGCGCACGGGGAGAUGCAUAGGAGAAGAAUCGGGUGGAGGCGGAGGAGAAAGGACGCUCAGUCACCAGGAGGAUGAAGGGAGACUGAGGCUUGCUAGUGAGGAGCAGGUGGAGGAAGAGUGCAAGCAAAAAGUUUUGGCCGUGCUGACGGAGCUGAGUGAUUUUCAUUCAGAGAGGUUGCCAGCAUGGAGAGAGGCCCUCAGAGAAUGUGCCUCAGCGCUCCACAAGUCUCCACCAGGGGGCGGUGAUCGGCAGUAUCGACCUGCAACGGAGCCAGAAUGUGAAGCCGGGCCUUGCUCAGACUCCUUCAGUGACUCUUUCCAGAGUGUGUCGGAGGACAUAGAGAAGAUCAUACAAGAACUGAGCACAAUCGCGACCAGACUGGACGCAGGAAUUCUCCAAGAAUCCGCAGAAGACGCCUCCAGCGUGGACGCGGCACUUCGGGAAGCCGGAGACCCGGAGGCCUCAGCGCAAACGGAAGACGGCAGCGGUCACCCGAGCUCCCGGGAUCCACGCGGAUCCGAACCCGAGCGUAAGCAGGAGGUCGCCGACGAAGGCGACCGAAGCCGCCCGAGGCCGCCGCCAGGCGCCGGACACACAGCAGACUCUGCGCGCAGCCGUUCCGACCGCAGCGGUGUGAAGGAGACAGGGGAAGAACGGGAGGUCGAAGGUCAAGCGGGGCACAAUGAGGACCGGGCUUCUCCAGCGAGUCAGACGGAUUUACUGGAGGAGCCAGAAAAGGAUGCAGAGAGGGUAAAUGUCAAGGGCAAAGAGGAGACAAAGGGCGAAUGGAUCACAGUUGGGCUCACUGGCGAAAUGGAGGACAGCCAAACGCACGUGCCAGACGCAUGCUUUAUCCGAGCGCCAAUGGGCGCGGCUGAAGCCCUCAGGUGUGAAAUGGCCGACUCCUUCAGCUGCCUCAUGGUGACCGGCUCGGAGGAGCUGGUCAGCAGAGUGAUCAGGGUCAGAGUUCACGGCGGCGCCAACCUCCACUUCCCCGUGACCGUGGUUGUGCCUUUCUGCGCACGUUACCGGGGCAACUACAGAGACGUCGCGGUCAAGAUAGUUGACGGGGAGAGGAGGGCGAGCUACGUCACUCCCACAACAACAGAGGGCACGUAUGGAGGACAGAGGGGCUCUUUUGCAGAGGUGAGGGUGUACUCCCUGGGUCUCUUUGCAGUGGUUUCCUGUCUCAAAAGAGAAAACUACACAGUUCCCAGAAGGGGAUUGUCACUCAAACUCCCCGUGGACCCCCGCAUUUGCCUCAACUACCUCCCGGGAGCCUUCACCACUCCAGUAAUGGCACAAACCACGAUCCAGCCGGUGGACACCGUCCUCCUGGCUGCCGUCAAGUCCAGAAGGGACGUCUAUCGUUCGGUGGUGUCUACGAGCCCACUGGUCCACCUCGCCCACCCGACCUCGCAGCCCCUUAGAAGACCCCUCACCGUCACCCUCCCUUGUCCGCCGAACCCUGAGAAAAAGAGGGACACGAGGGGUCGGGGGAGGCCGGCGGAGCGCCGCCACAGCGGACCUGCGGCUCCGGCAUCUCCGUCCGUCAGAAUACUGGGCGCCUCUCUGAAGCCCCCAAAGGAAACGUCCAAUGAGCUGCUGGUGGUCCUGGGCUCAAGGGAAAAACAGUGGCGCGUCCUGGAGAAAGUCCCCGUCAGGAGCCAGCAGAAAGGACUGGCGUCCUUCGAGCUGACGGAGAGCCUCGACAGACUGCUGGUGGUUCGUCUCCUCUCCCCGCUGCAGCCCUGCCAUCUGAGCCUCCUGGCACAGGAGCUGGAGGAGUCGAUCGGCCGCCACGCGGUCACCCUGGUCCUCCAGUGCCGCCGGGACGACCCGCACGCCGUCCUGGUGGCCGCCCUGCCCAGCCGGGACCUCAGCUGGGAGCUGGGCAAGCUGAGGGCGCAGGGCUACGGCGGCCUCCCGCAGACCUCGCCCGACAUCUCCAUGCGCGAAGGGGACCAGCUCCUGCUGUGCUUCAGUGGCAACGUCACCUCCACAAGCGAUCGCAACAACCAAAACGACGUCCCGCGCGAGCGCCUCGCCUUCCACAGCCAGCGCACGAAUCACCUCCUGGUGCGUCUGACUGAAGUGGACCCGUUUGGGAACUACAGCUCGCCGCACUACAAGGGGGCGGCCGCGUUCUACAAGGUCACCAGAGGUCAGCUGGAGUGGCGAGGGGACACAGGCGUCCCAAAGGACUCCUCAGAGCUCCCGGGGGACCCCGUGUGCAGGCUGUCCCUGACUUUACCCAAGAAAGUGAGAAGCAUCAAUCGGCCCGUCGCAGCAAGGGUGAGGUUAUGUGAGGAGGCAGCGGAUUCCCUGUCGGACUCUCUUCUCCUCUGGCUGGCCGGGGAACUUUCGGAGGAGGAGGUGGCCGCGCUGGUGCGGUCCCUGCGUGUCCGCCGCAGCGCUGCUCAGCUGGUGAAGCUGCGCGCCGGCGACAGCCCGUCCACGCAGGCCUUCCACGUCCUGGCCACGUGGAGGAGGGGGCUACCCGCCGCGCCACACCAGCUCAGGGCCUCUCGGCUGGCCCGCUGCCUGGCCAAGAGCGGCCGGCCUGACCUGGCCAGGGAGCUGCUCCUGCGACAGGCCCGGACAGGGCUCGCCGAAAUAGGGAAAUAAGAAUUUGAACAGUAAAUC